UCAGCGCUGUCCCGGAUGAGGCGCAGGCGCAGUGCGGCGGUUGAUCAGUGUGGGCUCGUUUAGCGCUUCAGACGUGUUUCUCUCUCGUUUCUUCUCGUUUAUUAUCAGUGUUUUCUCUUUUGUUUCUCGUUAUCGGAAUCAUGAGACUGCUUCAGAAGCUGCUGCUGCUGCUGUUGCUGGCGUUUCCCGCCACGCUGCUGCUGAAGGGCCCGGUCGUUUCCGCACAGGACGCUACUGAGGAAGAGGAGGCUGUGGAUGAAGAUGGCGCUGAUGAUGUGAUGGAUGAGGAUGAUGAAGCUGAGGUGGAGGACGAUGACAACACUGAACUAACGGAAGAGAAGGAGGAAGAGGAGGAAGAAGCUCUGGUGGGGGAGAUGAAGGCUUCACCCAACGCUGACACCACCAUCCUCUUCGUCAAAGGAGAAGAUUUUCCCGCCAACAACAUCGUGAAGUUCCUGCUGGGAUUCACCAAUAAGGGCUCGGAGAACUUCGUGGUGGAGUCUCUGGACGCCUCGUUCCGUUACCCGCAGGACUUCCAGUUCUACAUCCAGAACUUCACAGCGCUGCAGCUGGGGACAGAGGUUCCUCCUCAGCGUCAGGCCACCUUCGAGUACUCCUUCAUCCCUGCGGAGCCCAUGGGGGGCCGGCCCUUCGGCCUCGUCAUCAACCUCAACUACAGGGACAGCAGCGGGAACGUGUUCCAGGACGCCGUCUUUAAUCAGACCGUCACCAUCACCGAGAGAGAAGACGGCCUGGACGGAGAAACGAUCUUCUUGUAUGUGUUUCUGUCGGGUCUCGGGCUGCUGCUGGUGGUCGGUCUUCAUCAGCUGCUCGAGUCACGCAAGAGGAGACGGCCGGCGCCUAAAGUUGAGAUGGGAACCUCCAAUCACAAUGAUGUGGACAUGAGCUGGAUCCCACAGGAAACACUCAACCAGAUCAUGGCGAGUCGGCGAGAUAAAGCAUCUCCCAGACGAUCUCCACGCAAGAGGACUCAGAAACGCUCGGCCGGAUCAGACGAGUGAGAGACUACGCCAUCUUCAUCCUCUUCAUCUUCAUCUGUGUUUACAGUGAGACGGCGAGUCUGUACAUCACUGGACGCCAGCAGAGACUGAUACACACACACACACAGAGACACACACACACACACGUACAGGCCGUUUUUUAAAGUGAAAGUGUGCGAGGAGUUCAGCCGCUCAAGCUUCUGUAGGUCUGCUUUAUUUUUAAUUGCGCUCGUCUGGAUUCUUCUCAUCGUUACUCUUCUGUGAGGACGGAUGGACGUUUCUGAGCCUCGUCCUUCACUCUUCAUCACGUGCUUCUUCCUCUCAGUCCAUGAAUUGAUAAUGACUGGUUUUAAACGCCUCGUUUGCUUGCAGAAGGUGCCUGAUUUAAUUUCAUUUCUCUGGUUUUCUUCAUGAUUUGUGCGUCUCGAUGCUGAUGUCAUGUGAUCUGGUCACGUGACUCGAGGACGCGCCGCUUUAUUUUGACGGUUUGCUCCUCGGGACGGAGGAAGACUGCUGUUGUCUGUCUCUUUUUCUUGAUUUGUUUUUUGAUCAAUCUAAUAAAGUGACGGUGUUGCAGUGAAAGCAGCCUUGAGCGAGUGCUGAUGUACAGAAUGAAAUGUACUUGGAUAAAUAAAAAUAAACUGAAACGAACAAAUCUG